UUGGCGAAGUGUAGUAUAUCUAGCAAUUUUUAACUACACUUCGCCAAUAAACACAUACUAUAAGUCUUCCCUUAUGAUUUUGAACCACACCCUCAUGUCACCUGUUGAAGCCUAGCCUAUAGGAAGGACUUGUGUGGCGCGGACGCAGACAGCUACCACAAACUAAACCGACUAGAUUUUCGGAAUAUAUUUUGAACCAUCAGCUAUACGUCUAAUACAUUACAAACGAUGGGCGAUAUGGAGGAAGAAAGCGGCGAUGUUGGAAUGUCAAACAAUGUAAAUGAUCAGAGCUGGAUACCCAAAGCUAUCAAGAAACGAGUGUGCACAACCUUUGUUGAGGCAUCUUUCAGUAAUGGCAGGAUGUGUCAGUGUGGGGCUACUCGGGACACCCAUCAGGCGGUGGCUUUGGGGGACUAUUUCAGCACAGCCAUUGUCAGCCACUGGGACAGCAUCCAGCAUUCUUCAGCAUACCCCACCGAUGCCUUCGGAGAGCUGGAGUUUGAAGGCGCAAGCAGGAGACAUAGUAAAUUCCUCCGUCUCUCAUGUGACACCCCUCCUUCCAUCGCCUACAAACUAUUGACGGCCGACUGGGGGUUGCCCCUGCCAAACCUGGUUGUGUCAGUGGUGGGUGGGGAGGGGAGGGCAAAGGUCAAGAUGUGGGUACGGGAGGUCUUGAGGCAGGGACUGGUCAAAGCAUCUCAAAGCACAGGAGCGUGGAUAUUGACGGAAGGCCUGCGUGAAGGUGUUGGAAGGUGUGUAGGGGAGGCGGUAAGGGAUCAUGCGGCUGCUGCCUCGUCUGUCUCUCACAACAAGGUGGUGGCUCUUGGCAUCGCUCCCUGGGGCCUCGUCAAAAACCGUGAGCAGCUGGUCAAUCCGCAGGGUAGCUUCCCUGCUAAGUACUAUGUCCACAACACGUCCCGUGACUCAUGUAGCCUUGACAUCAACUACCAGGCCUUCCUUCUGGUAGAUGACGGGACAGUAGGCCGUAGAGGGGGAGAAGCAGGCUUCAGGGCCCAACUGGAAGACUACAUUUCCAAGCAGCGCACAGGCAUCUGGGGCAGUGGAAGCAUUGACAUCCCCGUCCUGUGCAUGCUGAUAUCGGGAGAGAAAAACAUGCUGAAGCGGUUAGAUCUCUCUCUUAAACAAUCCAUGCCCUGGAUGGUACUGGCUGGGUCAGGGGGCGUGGCUGACCUUGUAAGUAACAUCCUGGAGAGCCUAUCAUCUUCUCCACCUGUCCCGUCCUCUGCUGAUGGAGAGGGGGAGAUGGGACCUACUGUGGACCUGAAAGACAGAGUGGCGGAGAGAGUUAGGAAGCAUUUUCCAUCUGAAACAGAGAUGGAUAAACUGGUAGAACAAGUUCUGAGCAUCUACCAAAACAAGGAUCUGAUCACAGUUUACCAUGGAGAACAGGAGGGACCAGACGACUUUGACACAGUGCUGCUCAAAGCCUUGGUUCAAGCGAGUAAGCAGCGAGUGUCAAGCAAUUCCAGCCCUUACACUGAGGAGCUGAAGCUGGCUGUCGCUUGGAACAGAGUGGACAUUGCCAAAAGUGAGCUGUUUAACGCAGACAUCCAGUGGAAGUACGAGGAUCUGGAGGAUUCCAUGACUGACGCGCUGAUCAAUGACAAACCCCAGUUUGUUCGCCUCUUCACUGAGAAUGGCCUAAACAUCUUGGACUACAUGACCUAUGGGCGUCUGGAAAGCCUCUAUUGUUCAGUCACUGACAGCUCCCUGGCCUACUCCCUGUUGCAGCGUCGCCUAGGGGAGCGUCAGGGUAUUGUAGGCUCGCAGGUCAGGCUGCAGAAUGUGACUCUCUCUAAAGGCUUAGAUGGAUCACAGGGAGUGCCAUGGCUUGCAAAUAAGAUCAGUUUGUUUGAGGUGUCGAGGGUCCUGGAGGACAUAAUGGGGGAUGUGUGUCAGCCAUUUUACCAUUCACCGCUGGAACUUGAAAAUAUCACCUCCCAAAGAAAGGCUCUCAAGCUUGCAAGUAGGUUCUUGCAGGGUGACUGCCAAUACCGGAAAACUCGCUGUCUCUUUCCCUGGGCUAGUCUCUUCAUCUGGGCUGUGCUGCAGAACCGCAGCAACAUGGCAGUCUUUUUCUGGGAGAUGACAGGCGAGUCAGUGCUCAGUGCUCUGAGUGCCUGCAAAAUCCUACGGGAGUUGUCCAGGUUGGAAAGCGAAGCUGAGGCGAAGCUGGCCAUGAAGGAGCUAGCUCAGAGGUUUGAGAACCUAGCUCACGAUGUGUUUAGUAAGUGUUACCAAAGCAGUGAGAGUCGUUCCUUCACCCUGCUGAUUCGGAAGUCUCCCAUGUGGGGAGGCACCACAUGUCUUGAGAUGGGAAUUGCGGCAGAUGCUCGUCUCUUCUUCAGCCACGACGGCGUGCAGUCUCUCCUAUCUCAGAUCUGGUGGGGGGAUAUGAAGAGGAACACAGCCGUGUGGAAACUUCUACUCACCUUCUUUUGUCCGGUACUGAUGUACACCCAGCUGAUCUCCUUCAGGAAACUGGAGGAGCAGCAAGAGGAUCAGGGGAGGUCUAAUGACAUUGUGCAGGGUAGAGACAAUGACAGCCUAUAUGGAGAGACGAUUUUCUCCUUUCCUGACAUGAAGCACAUUGUACAUGAUGCACAGGGUUUUAAUAGUCCCAGAUACCCUCUUAAAGGCACACGCAACACCCUACCUAAACGGCCUUUCAUCUUGUCUCGAUGGCGUCAAUUCUGGUUUGCCCCCGUCACAUCCUUUUUAGGCAAUGUUCUUAUGUACUUCAUGUUCCUCCUGCUGUUCGCCUAUGUGUUAUUGGUGGAUUUUAAGCCACCACCUCCACUUGGACCUGCCUUCACCGAGUAUAUGUUAUACUUCUGGAUAUUCACGAUCGUCUGCGAGGAAUGCCGAAAGACUUUCUUAUUGGGCACCAUGACAUUGCGUCAGAGGAUGAGGAAGUAUAUUCAGGAUGUUUGGAACAAGUGUGACCUCAUCGCCAUCACACUCUUCGUCAUAGGCCUCAUCUGCAGGAUGUUCCAGUGGUCGUAUGAAAGUGGCAGAGCGAUGCUAUGUGUUGACUACAUGGUCUUCACCCUGCGUCUUAUCCACAUCUUCGCCAUUCACAAACAGCUGGGGCCAAAGAUCAUUAUCGUCGGCAAGAUGAUGAAGGAUAUCUUCUUCUUCCUCUUCUUCCUGGGAGUGUGGCUCAUGGCGUAUGGCGUGGCCAAUCAAGCACUGUUGUACUCCUAUGACCCCCGCCCAUCCUGGAUCUUCCGGCGUGUGUUCUAUAGGCCAUACCUGCACAUAUAUGGACAGGUCCCAGUGGAGGAAAUCGAUGUGGGGAAGGAGUGGGAUACUAAUUGCACUGACAAUUUGACGCUGAUUGAGGAAGGCAUGGAGCCCUGCAGGAGUGAGCACAAUAACUGGCUAGUUGUCAUCUUAUUGGUAAUCUACCUGCUGGUCACCAACAUCUUGCUGGUUAACCUGCUCAUUGCCAUGUUCAGUUACACUUUCUCCAAGGUACAGGGCCAGAGCGAUACUUACUGGAAGUUCCAGCGGUACAACCUGAUUGUGGAGUAUCACUCCCGGCCCUCCCUCGCACCCCCUUUCAUUAUCCUCUCCCACGUUCACCUCUUCAUCAAGAGAUACAUCCGCAAAGUACCCUCGAUCAAGAUCCUCCAUUUUGUAUUGGAGGUAGACGGGAAAGCUGCUAACAAGCUAAUGACGUGGGAGGCCAUUCAGAAGGAGAGCUUCUUGAUUGACCAGAGUAAGAUCCAGAGAGGGAGUGACUCUGAGAGGCUCAAACGGAUGUCAGUCAAGGUGGACAAUGUGCUGAAACAUAUGGCUGAGACAAGGGAUCAUGAUCGCAGACUGAGGGCUCUGGAAUCUGAGUUGGAGUACUGCUCAAGUGCACUAAGCUGGAUAGUGGAAACCCUAUCACAGAGCAACAUGGCCAAGCCAUCACGCCCCCCACCAACACCUAAAGAGCCAUUCUCUUCCUGUUCUUCCAUCUGAUCUUCUAUGACACUCAUGGUUACUGAGAGGAACAGUUGAUACGUAGUCCCAUUCUGGAUUCUUACCUAUCAGCCAGUGUCCAUUGUAUUCAGCUGCUGCCAAAAGUUUUAUGUUGUCAUGUUAAAAUGCUGUAUUCUAAUGUUGUCUUAGUUUUUAUUGUGCGCUUAAUUGUUAACUUUCCUCAAAGACUACAGUUGGAACCAGGGGAAAGACUGGAAAUUACGCUUAAGGAGCUUUUGAAAAUGUGAGACUGAUGCCAUUUAAUGUUAAUUAAUAAAUGCCCUCUCUUUACAUGUAAUUACGUAAAGAAAAAUGAUGUCCUUAAGCAUUAACAAAACAGCAACCCAACUUCCUCUCUGAUUAUGGAAACAGAUCUCUGUCUCAGGUCUUGCCAGGAUAAAGUUUGUUAUCCCACUGAGACACCAAUUGAUACUUGACAAAUUACUAGGUGUGGAAAUAAGAUUGUUAUAUUAUUUUUAUUUGCACAAUUUCCUAAAAAUGUAAACUGUCAAUCAAUUCUGUGAAAUGUGAAAUGUUUCUUUUUUGAUGUCAUAAGGUGUGUGUGUGUGUAAAACGUGAUAUACUAUAGCCUAUAUCCAAUAUGUAUUGAAGCAAUGUUAUAAUAUUACACAAUCUUUACACUUGUAUUUCUUGAAUUUUUACUUGGUUUUAUAUUGGGUCAUUAUUGUAUUGGAUAUGAAAAGGAACUCCAAAUUGCUUAUGCUUAUAUAUAUACAGUUAGGUCCGGAAAUAUUUGUACACUGACAAAAUUUUUAUAAUUAUGACUCUAUACGCCACCACAAAGGAUUUCAAAUGAAACAUCUGAGAUUCAAUUGAAGUGCAGACUUUCAGCUUUAAUUCUUGAUUGUUUGUGCAUCUUUCUGCUUUACGUUUUGUUUUCAGCAAGUGAAAUACAUUCUUGAUCGGGUUGAGGUCAAGUGAUUGACUCAGCCAUUGCAGAAUAUUCC